AUGCGUGAAUUCAAAGUGGUUGUGCUGGGCAGCGGCGGCGUUGGUAAAAGUGCUCUGACUGUACAGUUCGUGUCGAAUACGUUCAUCGAGAAGUACGACCCGACAAUCGAGGAUUUCUACCGCAAGGAAAUCGAGGUGGACGGUCAGCCGUGUGUGCUCGAAAUACUAGACACUGCCGGAACGGAGCAGUUCGCGUCAAUGAGGGACCUGUACAUAAAAAACGGCCAGGGAUUUGUCAUUGUUUAUAGCAUCACUAGUCAUCAGACGUUUCACGACAUCAAGGGCCUGCGCGAUCAGAUCAUUCGCGUCAAGGGCACAGACCAGGUGCCUAUCCUCUUGGUCGGUAACAAGUGCGACUUGGAUUACCAGCGCCAGGUACAUAGCGAUGAAGGCGUGGCGUUAGCUCAGUUCUGGAACUGUCCUUUCGUCGAGUGUUCGGCGAAGAUCGCGCAGAACGUGAACACGGUGUUCGCCGAGAUCGUGCACGAAAUGAACUACAUACAAAAGGCGAAGCAGCACCGCAAAACGCGCUGCUGUGACAACGGUAAAUGCAUCCUGUCUUGA